AUGUCCAUGCUUACCCCUGUCCUGCAGCCCCCGGAGGUGAAGGAGUAUCUGUCCAAGGGCGAGCGCUUCAUCAAAUGGGAUGAUGAAACAGCAAGUGCUUCUCCUGUGAUUCUUCGGGUGGACCCAAAGGGCUUCUACUUGUACUGGACCCAUCAGAAUAAGGAAAUGGAAAUUUUGGAUAUCACCAGCAUCCGAGAUACCCGCGUAGGGCGGUUUGCCAAAAUCCCCAAGUGCCAGAAGCUCCGAGAGGUUUUUAACUUGGAUUACCCUCACAGCACCUUCCUGCUUAAGACUCUGACUGUUGUAUCUGGCCCGGACAUGGUGGACCUCACUUUCCACAACUUUGUGUCCUACAAGGAGAAUGUUGGCAAGAGCUGGGCUGAGGAUAUUAUGGCCAUCGUUCGGAAUCCCCUCACGUACAACGCUUCUCGGUACACCUUCCUGGAGAAAAUCCUGGUGAAGCUGAAGAUGCAGCUUAAUGCAGAGGGAAAGAUUCCUGUCAGGAAUAUUUUUCAGAUGUUUCCUGCAGACAGGAAGAGGGUGGAAGCAGCCUUAAGCGCUUGUCAUCUUCCGAAGGGCAAGAACGAUGCCAUCAACCCAGAGGACUUCCCUGAGACAGUGUAUAAAACUUUCCUCAUGAAUCUGUGUCCACGGCCCGAGAUUGAUGAGAUCUUUACCUCACACCAUUUAAAAGCAAAGCCCUGUAGGACCAAAGAGCACUUGGCAAAGUUUAUCAACAAGAAGCAGCGAGACUCUCGCCUCAAUGACAUCCUUUUCCCACCAGCCAAACCUGAGCAGGUGCAGAGCCUCAUAGAGAAGUACGAGCCCAGUGGGAUUAACAUCCAGAGAGGGCAGCUGUCUCCAGAGGGGAUGGUCUGGUUUCUCUGUGGCCCUGAGAACAAUGUGAUAGCCCUGGACAAGUUGGUGCUGUACCAGGACAUGACCCAGCCGCUCUCACACUACUUCAUCAAUUCGUCACACAACACGUAUUUAACAGCUGGUCAGUUUUCUGGUAUCUCGUCUCCUGAAAUGUAUCGCCAGACGCUGCUGGAUGCCAUUGAGGCCAUUGCAGAAAGUGCUUUUAAAACAUCUCUCUACCCUGUCAUCCUGUCCUUUGAGAACCACGUGGACUCGCCCAAGCAGCAGGCGAAGAUGGCUGAGUACUGCCGAACCGUAUUUGGAGAUAUGCUGCUGACAGAGCCACUGGAAAAACACCCACUGAAGCCAGGAGUUCCUCUGCCAAGUCCUAAGGAUCUCCUAGGGAAAAUCUUGAUUAAGAACAAAAAGAAUCAGUCUGUAUCUGGGAAGAGGCAGAACUCUUUGAAGAAAGGGAGGAAUGUGGAACCAGAAAUCACUGAGCAGCCAGCCCCUAUGGAUGCUGAAGAUACUGUCUGGGCAGGUGAUGUGGCUGAAGAGGAACCAGAGGAAGAGGAUGAACAUCUUGGAAACUUGGAUGAAGAGGAGAUCAAAAAGAUGCAGUCAGAUGAGGGCACUGCUGGUCUGGAAGUGACAGCAUACGAGGAAAUGUCCAGCCUAGUUAAUUACAUCCAGCCUAUCAAAUUUGACUCCUUUGAAGUCUCUGCCCAGAAGAACCGGAGUUACGUCAUCUCUUCCUUCACAGAGUUGAAGGCGUACGAUCUACUAACCAAGUUCCCUGUGCAGUUUGUAGAAUACAACAAGCGACAGAUGAGCCGGAUCUACCCCAAAGGCACCCGGAUGGACUCCUCCAACUACAUGCCCCAGAUGUUCUGGAACGUCGGCUGUCAGAUGGUGGCACUCAACUUCCAGACCAUGGAUGUCCCCAUGCAGCAGAACCUGGCUCUCUUUGAGUUCAACGGCCAGUGUGGCUAUCUGCUCAAGCACGAAUUCAUGCGGCGUCCGGACAAGCAGUUUGACCCCUUCUCUGUGGACCGCAUUGAUGUGGUGGUGGCAAGUACCCUGUCUGUCACGAUACUCUCUGGUCAGUUCCUCUCCGACCGCAGCGUGAAGACAUAUGUGGAAGUAGAGCUGUUUGGGUUGCCAAGGGACACAAAACGCAAGUACAGAACCAAACUGACCUCCACUGCCAAUUCCAUUAACCCUGUGUGGAAAGAGGAGCCCUUUGUUUUUGAAAAGAUCAUGAUGCCCGAGUUGGCCUCUCUCAAAAUUGUGGCUUGGGAGGAAGGAGGGAAGUUCGUCGGUCAUCGUGUCAUUCCCGUUAUUGCACUGCACUCAGGCUACCACCACGUUUGUCUCCGCAGUGAAAGCAACAUGCCGCUCACCAUGCCUUCUCUGUUUGUGUACCUGGAAAUAAAGGACUACGUUCCUGAUGCCUGGGCAGAUCUGACCAUUGCGCUCUCCAACCCCAUUAAGUUCUUCAGUCUGCAAGAGAAGAGAUCAGUUAAGCUGAAAGAUGGCUCGGUGGAGAGGCUUGGCACGCAGAAGAGCUUCCCAUCUGCUGAAACUAACGGGAUACCAGGCUCCACCGGGAAAUUCGGCACUCCUCUUUCGAAUGGGCCUGCAGGAGCAGCGGCUUUCGCCAAGGAUGAAAAUGUGAUAGAAGUGACACAGAUUGCAGAGCCUCAGACAGCCAGCCUCGCAGAACUGCAGCAGAUGAAGCUCUUCCUGAAGCUGCUGAAGAAGCAGGAGAAGGAACUGCAGGAGCUGGAGCGGAAAGGAAGCAAACGGAGGGAGGAGCUGCUGCAGAAAUACUCUGUACUCUUUUCGGAGCCUGUCUGCUAUGGAGGCAAGAAACGGAUGAUGCACACGAGGAAAACGCAGAAGAAGAGGAGUCUGACGAGAGGCGAUGCUGGUACGUGUGCAAGUCCUGUAGAAAUGGCAGAAAGCGUCGAUAGCCGAAUUUUGGAACUGAGAGAGAGGCUGGAGAUGGACCUCAUCCAGCUGGGGGAGGAACACCACGAUGGGAUUCGAAGAAAGAAAGAGCAGCACGCCGCAGAGCAAGUUACCAAGAUCACAGAGCUCGCCAGAGAGAAGCAGACAGCUGAGCUGAAGGCACUGAAGGAGUCAUCAGAAAGCAAUAUUAAAGACAUUAAGAAGAAGCUGGAGGCAAAGAGAGUGGACCGCAUCCAAACCAUGAUGAGGAAUACCAGUGACAAGGCUGCUCAGGAGAGGUUGAAGAAAGAAAUUAACAACUCUCACAUUCAGGAAGUGGUGCAAACGAUCAAACUGGUGACAGAAAGGACAGCUCGGUAUCAGCAGAAACUGGAGGAGAAGCAGGCGGAUAAUCUGAGAACAAUCAAGGAGAAAGAAAGCCAGCUCCAGCAGGAGGCACUGGCAGAGUACGAGGAGAAAUUGAAGAGUCUGAAUAUGGAGGUGCAGGAGGUGGUGAAGAACUACGCAAAAGCAGGCUUUCCUGGCGGGCCAGAGACUCAGAAGGAAGCAGUUCAGAGCGUUCCUGAGCGAGAACAAGGCCCUGCAGAACAACUGGAAGAAAAGAUCCCUGUGGCAGAGGUCUCAAGGCUUCUCAUAGCUGUGCCCGAGCGCCCGGGAGCUGCAACAGAUGUCAAGAUUGAAGAAAGCAUUUUCUGA